UAUUUAGACUGGUGUAACGCUGCAAUAAUUAUUUAGACUGGCGGAACCGGAUAUAACGAUACAUAGCUAUCUCCAUAACCUGGGUAGCUAACUGCCAGGUAACCAGCAAUUCGACUUCAUGACAGCGGUAAUAUAAGCUAAACGUACGGUAGCUAACGUUAUCUGUAUUAUCUCUCCAGCGAACCAUUGUUUUAAAAAUGCCUAUUCGGGCAUACUGCACCAUCUGCUCGGAUUUCUUUGAGCACUCAAGAGACGUGGCUGCUAUCCACUGUGGUCAUACUUUCCACUAUGAAUGUCUCCAACAGUGGUUUCAGACAGCUCCAAACAAGACGUGUCCCCAGUGCAGGAAACAGGUGAGCACUAGACACAUCAUCAACAAGCUGUUUUUCGACAUUGGAAGAGAGGAGGAAGGAGGUGCAGUGGACCCAGAGAAUUUACAGAAUGAGCUGGAUCGUAUAAGUUCUGUCUUGAGCACGAAAGAGAGAGACUGCCGUGACAAACAGCAGCUGAUAGAGAGCUUGAAACAGAUGGUGGAGAAGCUAAAGCUGGACUUGGAGCGCCUGAAGAAAGAGAUCGGAGAUAGAGAGAUGAUCUGCACAGUUUUAACGAAAAAGCUGAGGAACCUGGAGAAGCACCACAGCGACACUCAGGCCGCCAAGGAGGAGGCGCGUCAGCUACGGGUCAGACUGAAGACCUACGAGAGUCUAGAUAAGGUACUGCAGGGACAGAGGUCUGAAGUUGAGGCCAUGAUCUCUGACAUGGGAGUAGGCCAGUCAGCAGUGGAACAGCUCUCAAUCUACUGUGUCUCACUCAAGAAAGAGUAUGACAACCUGAAAAGCAGCUUCCGCUCCACCAAUGAGAUGAGUGAGAAACUCAGGAAGGAGGUUUUCAUGUCCAACAACAAGUUGCAAAAGGCCACCAUGGAGGUGACCCGGACUAAAGAAGAUAUGCUCACUGCCCAGAAGGACCUGACCAACGCUGACAAAGAAAUCAUGAGUCUGAAGAAGAAAGUUGAAAUCCUACAGAAGACCCUCAGUACACCCACUCGCACCAAUGAGGCAAUCAGCCGGCUGGUGUUUGAGAGUCCGGCCCCUCUGGAACUGAAGCCCCGCCUCAAUCGCCCAGACAAGGAUCAGGACAUCGACCUGAAUCUGACCUUUGACGUGCCGACACCAGAGCAAGCCGUACGCAAGCCCUCACACAGCCACUCACCCGCCAAGAAGAUGCGGCUGGACCCCACAGGAUCAUCACCCUCCCAUUCCAAGAAUGCCUCCGAAACCAAGAAAUCCCAUGUGAAAGAUGAUCCCACGGAUCCGUUUUUACGGAACUCUAUUCUGUUCAGGAGGAAAGCAUUUGGCAGCAUGCUGGAUCCCCACAGCAAACCAGGAGUGGUGAGGAUGGGGUAUGAUGGCCUUGGAGGAAGGACCAAAUUUAUUCAGCCUUCUGCCCUGUCCGAGCUCCGCCCACUGCUCAUGAAGGCUAAGAGGAAGAAGGUUUCCCGUCCACCAAUGGGAAAGCUCCCUGGCAGCAUGACUCUUGACGGCUUCCUGGAGUGAGAGAGGACGUUGCCUGUGGCCAGGUCUGAUACCAGCUGUGAACAGAAGACAAGCAUACAGGAGUCUGGCUUGCAUACAGUACAGGGGCAUAAUGCAGGAAAACGGUACUGGAGCAUACGUGUAAAGCCACCUCUCAACUUUGUAUGGACGGCAACAGUGGACUCACUGGCUUGGAUGGUUGAGGUGUGUGUGUGUGUGUGUGUGUGUGUUUGUGUCUCACUGAGAGAAUGGAGAGGAGGGAUUAUGAGUUGAGUGGUGAAAGCAUCAACAGAUUCAUUGUGUGUGUGUGUGUUUCUAUGUAGCCAUUCAUAAUAGACUGCAAUAGAAUUUACAUGGAAGGCGUGUAUGUCUAAAUUUAGCCCAGGACCACUGUAUGAUGCAUCAUCUAAUACACAGGAAACUGGUGUAGUCAUCAGCAGAACUUAGUUUUGAGUUUUACAUCACGUGAAACAUAAGAAGUUGACCCUGAAACGUAUUUGGGCGGAACCUGGGGCCAAACUACACCAGAUCAGGAGGGGAUCCUUUCCUGUCUCAUCUGCUAUUCAGGGAUGAUUCAUAUUCUAACCAGGUGAUGAAAAAGUAAUUUCAUAAAAUGGAGUAAGCCUUUUCAUUUACAAACAAUGACUCUAAUUUACGUUGAACACACACACAUGUAUAUAUUUGCAUGUCUGGGUGUUUUGCAUAUAUGUGUGUUGAACUUAACUGUAGACCGCAAUGUUUGUUCCGUGCACAUAAUGAUCACCCAUUGUUCGAAGUAGAUUUUGUACAUGUAUAAUGUCUGUUAACCAUGCAUUGAUUGUAUAUAUUUUGAUACAUGAAUUGUACAGCUGUUAGAUUUAAUAAAGUAUUUUUUUUUUCUAGAGACCCUGGGCUGCUCUUUCUUGUAUAUGAGGUGUGGUUUACCAGUUGUGCAUUUACUGGAAGGUGCCGUUUGUCUCAAUCAUGAUCUUAUAGCACCGCCAUUAGCAGAGCUUGGUAGUAUUGCCUGAUGGGGCACUGUUAUCUUGUUACUAAUUUAUUAAGACUCCAAAUUUCUGGCGAGUAUGAAAGGUUACUGAUUAACCUAGAAUCCGCAGACUAUAUGCCAGCAGCUGAGGAUGGAGAUCUUAAAACUGGAU